ACAAAAUCAGGUCAAACUUACACGCAUUAGGGUGAUAACCUUUCAAACGAUAUCUGGAGCUUAUUAAAACGCUGUUAAUUUUUUACUCUACUUAGAAUCCUCCAUAGAUAAAGCUUUCAGGACUACAAUGGCGGAAGUUAUUCUUACAGACGCUGACGGGAACACGUUAAGGUCUGGUAUAGAUGUUGGGGGAAUUAUUACACCUGAUCCAUAUUUGGAUCCUGUGAGAAAUAAACUCAUUUACGACGAUCUUCAAAAUUUCAAGUUUAGGGACGACGAUAUCAUGUUGUGUACAUUCCUGAAAUCCGGCACACACUGGAUGUAUGAAAUACUUAGCAUGAUUAAUAACAGAUCAUCUGAGAGGAUAAAAAGUUUCAAGUUCAUGUCUAUGAUUGAGUGCCAGACUCAGGAGUAUAUUGAUACAUUACAGUCACCUCGUGUUCUUAAUUCUCACGUAAGACCAAGUUUACUUCCCAAGGGCCUCGGCCAAAGGAAAAUAAAAACGAUUCUGUGUCUUCGUAACCCAAAGGAUAUCGCAGUUUCAUUAUAUCAUCAUAUAGUUGGAUUGCGACAUUAUGGAUAUACAGGGACAUUUGACGCCUGGUUACCACUGUAUUUGGAAGGCAAAUUGGAGGACGGAAGAUAUACGGACUACUUGCUGGAGUGGGAGAAAGCAAUAACUGAAGGUAUGGACUUUCCACUGCACCUGAUGUUUUAUGAGGACCUUAAACUGGACACUGAAAAUGAACUUAACAAGUUGCUGAAAUUUCUAGAUAUUGAGUUAGAUAUGACCCUGAAAAACAGCAUUAUAGAUGCCUGCAGCUUUGAGAAAAUGACUAAAGAGAAAGAACUUGUGUCAAAGGAAUUAAGUGAAAAGAUAAUAAGAGGAGGAUUUAACUUUUUUCGAAAAGGUAAAAUAGGCGAUUGGAAGAAUUUGUUCACAGUUGCACAAAACAAAAUGUUUGAUGAAAUUUGGAAUAAGCAAAUGAACAAUUCCACAAUGUUCAAUUUUCUGUAUACGCCACCAAGCCCAAGUGUGAAGAACUGUUAAUUCUAAUAUUUGCUCCACUAUUACACAGCAACAUUUUGAGAAAUUAAAAACCUACCUUUAGGUGUAUUUCUAUUAAAUAUGUCAUCUGAUUUAGUUCUGGAAUUAUCUUUUGUUGUUCUUAAUCCUAAGACUUGUGCAAAUAGCAAAGAGGUUAUCAGAAAUGUUCUUAUCUACCUUUUGCAUGUUCAAAGACUGUCAGAAGUAGAAAUCAAUAGAGAAAACUGUGCAAUCCAACUCAUAAACGUUUAAAAAUGUGCUUAAACCAGAUUCCAAUGUUUAUCAAAUAUUGUGAAACUGUAUUUGUUAAAUUUAAGUGUAAUACAAAUGUAUGAGGGCCAGGCCCCAAUUUUACGAAAAAACUUAAGUAAUUGCUUAGCUAAGUCUGUAAUUUUAAAUGCUUGUUUUUGCCCUUUAUGCACCUUCAAUGUUCAUUUUUUCAUCUAUAUCACACCCGUAUAUGACUAUUUCAUAGAUCGAAACACAAUAAUUCUGAAUUUUACAGAAAAUGAAGUAUAAAAAUAAGAAAUAUACCUAAAUAAAUACUUAAGUUCGUUAUAUCGUGCUUAAAUAGAAAUAUCAUAUUUGCGUGACUGAAAUAAGUAUUGCAAACAAAUACUACUAACCAUAGUUUAAUUAAGCUAUAUAUACAUUGGUAUAGAAAAAAUCAACAUUAAAUAACAAUAGCUAAAGCAAUAGCAUGAUUUUAAAAUAACAGACUUAACUAAGUAAUUACUUAAGUUUUUUCGUGAAAUUGGGGCCAGCUAAAUGUGCUCGUUUUUCAAGUUCAAGACUAACGCAACAGGUAAAGUUAUAUUUUACAAGUUGCAUGAGAGUUUAUGUUAAUAAUAAAUUUUGAGUACAUCACUCAUUUCAUGUAUUGCUACUGCCUCUGUGAAAUUACUGACAAAAUACUUUCUGCAUUAUGAAACAACAGCUGCAUGCGUGAAUUUAUUCAUUCUAUUUCUUAAUCGAUGUACAAGUCAUUCAUUCUUCCUUGCAAAAGAAAUCGGGACUGUUCUGUGUGUCUUACAGAAAUAAAUCAAUUAUAAGAGUA